UUACAUCUCAAGCGCACCAUGGAUUGGAUUUGGCCCGCUCGCACACAAGUCGCCUGCUGCUUCCGCACAUCCCACGGCAUAUUACCACUCGGCGAACCAGACCAGACCACGACGUCGCGCGCGGCCACCACUGGGCUCGUCGCCGAUCGCUAUAAAACGCGGCCGCUGCCUUGCCGCCUUUCUUCAAGCCGAGACCAAGAAAACACAAGUACAGACUACAGAGCCAUCUUUGAUCUUUCCAGUCCAAGAUGAGCGUGGAGAUCCUCGACGGGCGGACGGUGCAGAGCUUCGUGGAGGACGAGCGCGCGUUCAACUCGUCCGUGGACGCCCGCUUCGCGGCGCUGGACGUGGACCGCGACGGCCGCCUCUCGUACGCCGAGAUGGCCGGGGAGCUCAUGGCGCUGCGCGUGCGGGAGGCGCACUUCGGGGCCGACGCGCCGGCGCCCGCGGCCGAGCUCGCCGCGCUGUACGGGGCGCUCUUCGCGCGCUUCGACCGCGACGGGGACGGCGCCGUGGACCGCGACGAGUUCCGCGCCGGGAUGAGGGAGGUCAUGCUCGCCGUCGCCAGCGGCCUCGGCGUGCUCCCCGUGCAGAUGGUGGUCGAGGAAGGCAGCCUCCUCAAGUGGGCCGUCGACAGGGAGCUGGCCACUACCAUGCCAGCUUGACCAGCUCGGCUCCAUCAGCUAGCUGCCUGACAGUGUGCACUAGCGCUAGUGUACUCACCGCUAGCUGAAUGAGAGCUUUAUCACCUAUGUAUGUAUGUAACCGUACGCCGAGGGUGUCGGUCUAAUUUGGGCUCGUUUAACGUUUUCGUGUUUGUAGACCUGACAUGAGUAUGUAACGUACGCACUGAACCUUUUUUAUCAGUCCGAAAACUAGCGUUUUACACUUUUACUCCAA